CUUCUUCUUCUUCGCGUGAAUCACUUCCGGGUCAAAAGUUCCCAACGUGGUUGCUCAUGUUCUGCAGCUUGUGGAUUUAAUCACGAGGAGAAGAACAGUUGAGAGACUGUGACGUAAACAAAAGUUGAAUCAUGGGGGAGUUCACGGUUCACCGGGUCCGGUUCUUCGACUACAUGCCCAGCGCGAUCCGAGCGAUGGCGUUCAACCCCCGUACCGAGCGGCUCGCCGUGGCUCGGGCCGACGGCGCCGUGGAGAUCUUCAACUUCGCUGACAACUACUUCCAAGAGAAGGUGAUACCGGGACGGGAUGGCGGGACCGUGGAGGCCCUGUGCUGGGUUGGCCCGCGUCUGUUCGGCGCCGGGUUGAACGGAGCGAUCACCGAGUACGACCUGGAGAACCUGAGGCCGCGGUACAGCGUGGAGGCGUACGGGGGCCCGAUCUGGACCGUCAGCGGCGACAGCGCGGGAACGAUGCUCGCGGUCGGUUGUGAGGACGGGACGGUGAAGAUGUUCGAGAUCCUGGACGAAACAAUCCGGUUCCAAAGAAACCUCGAAAGGCAGAAAGGUCGUAUCAUAUCUCUGUCCUGGCAUCCGUCUGGUGCGCUGAUCGCCGCCGGCAUGAUCGACAUGAUCCGGAUCUUCGAUGCGGAGACAGGCCGCGCCACGCACCGACUGCUGGUGGAGCGCGGCGCCGGGGCGUCCAAGAGCCGAGAGGUGGUGGUGUGGAGCGUCGUCUUCCUGUCCGACCACACCAUCGUCAGCGGCGACUCCGCGGGGAAGGUCCAGUUCUGGGACGGACAUACGGGAACGCUGGUCAGAACUCACCUGGUCACCAAAUGGGACGUCCUGGCUCUCGCUGUCUCGCAGGAUGAGAGCAGCGUGGUCGCGGGGACGUCGGAGUCCAUAGUCGUCCAGUUCCAGUUCAUCUCAUCCACUGUGGGACGGCAGGACAACGAGUGGGUCAGAACCAGGACCUUUAAAAACCACUCACACGACGUGCGGGCACUCGUCCACACAGAGACGGCGGUCGUCUCUGGAGGUAUGGACACGCAGCUGGUGGUGCGCCCUCUGCUGGACAAAGUGGAGAAGAACACGCAGGAGUCGUCGCUGCGCAAAAUUGCUUUUCCGCACAGGAGUCUGGUCUGUUGUGCAAAGAAAGCAGGACUGUUGCUCUUCCAGUUCCCCGAACACUUGGAGCUAUGGAGGUUAGGAGAGAGUGAGGGACACGGAAGAGCCGGCGACAGUUUACCUGUGAAGAGGAAACCAGAGAAACUGAUCCACCUGAAGAGGAAGGGCGAUGAUCACAUCCGCUGCAGCGCCGUGUCUCCCUGCGGCGGCUGGCUCGUCUACGCCACCGUCUCCGGCGUCCGUCUCUACAGGAUCCAGCACGACAACAACAACAUCGGUGUCACCAAGGUGUCCAAAUUACCCAAGAGCCUUUGCUCCGCCCACCAGCUCUGCUUCUCCUCCGACUCGUCCAAACUCUUCGCCGCCUCCGGCCUCUCCUCCGUCGUCGUGGUCGCCCUCGACCCGCUGGAGUGUAAACACCUUCACACCCUCAGACCCAAGUCGGGCUCUAGGCAGCCCGUCCACCUGCUGUGUGUCAGUGACGAUGGGAAGUGGCUUGCGUCGGCAAACACGGACUGUGAGGUUCACGUCUACAACCUGAAGAAGAUGAAGCUUCACUGUAAAGUCCCGGUGUACAGCUCCUGUCCCACGGCCAUCGGCAUCAACCCAGUGACCAGCAACCUCGUGACGGUUCACGCUGACCAGCAGGUGUUUGAGUUCUCCCUGCAGCAGAAGGAAUACACCGAGUGGAGCCGGCGGCUGCAGCAGCGAGGUCUUCACCCCGUGUGGCUGCAGCGCGACACGCCCGUCGCCCACAUCACCUUCAACCCGAGGAACCCGGCGCACAUCGUCCUGCACGACGUCUUCAUGCUCUGCAUCAUCGACCAGAGUCUGCCCCUCCCCGAGGCGAGGACCCCGCUCCUCAACCAGAUGAUGCUGAGGAGUCUCCCCGAGGCCGAGAGGAGCCGACAGAGUCACGCCUUCAAGAUCUGCAAGAGCUUCCAGCACCUCCUGUCCAUGACUCUGCUGGACGACCAGUCUCUGGUGGCGGUGGAGCGCCCCCUGCUGGACAUCGUGUCUCAGCUGCCUGCACCCGUCCGCCAGAAGAAGUUCGCCACAUAAACGAACUUGCGGACAUUUUUUUUUUCUGACGUCGUCUCGGCUCCGAUGUUCACAGCAGAAGAAAGGAUUGUUACAGUAUUGUGUUAAUAACAUGACAUCAAGAAGAAGAAGAAGAAGAAUCAACGUGUGGCCACUUUGUAAAAAAUGUUUUUAUAAAGUAAUAAAUACAACUAUUUACUGUC